GAGCCCGGGCUCGCUGGGCAUGGAGGAAAAUGAAGUGGAGAGCAGCAGCGAUGCGGCCCCUCCUGUGGCCCAGGAGGAGCCCUCGGAGAGCGGGCUCGGCAUGGAGACCUCGGAGGCCAUGUCCGCGGACAGCAGCGACGCUGCCUCGGCGCCCGUCAUCCUCUCGCAAGCCGAUGACUCCGGCGUGGGCCAGAGCUCGGACAGCAGCGGGGUCUCCCUGGAGGAGGUGUCCGAGAGCAGCUCCAGCACGGACGCGGUCCCUCGGAUCUACCUGCCAGACUCCUCCUCCAUUGCCCAGUCCACCCUGGUCUCCAGCGUCUCCACGGUGAGCCAGUCCAUCAUGGUCUCGGAGUCCCCGCAGGUGCUGGUUCACUCCAGCGUCAUUGCUGACGGAGCCACGAUUGUGUCAGACUCCACCGCGUCCACCUCCUCGGACCUGGGCUCUGCCAUAGACAAAAUCAUCGAGUCCACGAUCGGGCCAGACAUCAUCCAGAGCUGCAUUGCCGUAACCAGCGCGGAGGAUGGCGGGGCCGAGACGACCCAGUACCUCAUCCUGCAGGGACCAGACGAUGGUGCCUCCGUGGUGUCCCAGAUGGCCACCUCUGCCCUGGCCAACAGCCUGGCUGUAGACACCAUAGCUGAUGGCCCCACCUCCACCUGCCUCGACCAGCCCGGCCCUGCAGACCCUUCCGAGCCACCUGAAAUGCUGGACCUGCCCUCGCAGCCAUACCAAGCCCAAGAGGCUGACGCCGGGGAGGGGCUGGAGCAGCCGGACAUGGAGAGCCUGGAGGAGAUGAUGGAGGUGGUGGUGGUGCAGCAGUUCAAGUGCAAGAUGUGUCAGUACAAGAGCGUCUCCAAGACUACGCUCAUCAACCACAUGAGGGAGAGGCACUUCCAGCCAGUGGCAUCCACCCUUGGGCUGAAAAAGGGGCGGCCACGGAAGAGUGGCCCCUCCCCGAAGCCACCAGAGGAGGAUGCACCGGAGGAGGAGGAGGACGAUGACAUUGUGGAUGCUGGCGCCAUUGAUGACCCUGAAGAGGACAGUGACUACAACCCAGCUGAGGAUGAGCCUCGCGGGCGGCAGCCCAAGCACAGCCGCACCAUCCCCACGUCCAGUGAAGAGCGGCCGCGCCGGCGGCCAGGAAGGCCCCGCAAGUUCCCUCGUCUGGAGGACAUGCCGCUGUCAGGAGGUGCCGAGGUGGAGCCCUUGGUUACGUCCCAGAGCGCUGCAAGCUGUGAGGCGCAGAACUCAGAGGCCACCAGCUCCUCCAGCUUGGAGAACGCGGCUGGCGACAGCCUUGGGGAGCCCAGCACCAGCCAGUCAGACUCGGAGAACAAGGAUCCAUCCUCUAACACGGGCCCUGAGGAGGCCGAUGCUGUGCCCCGGAGGCGAGGCCGGCCCUCCCGCCGCUUCCUGGGCAAAAAGUACCGCAAGUACAUGGGGCGCAGGUACUACUACAAGUCGCCCAAGCCCCUGAUGAGGCCCUACCUGUGCCGCAUCUGCGGGUCCCGCUUCCUCACGCAUGACGACCUGCGUUUCCACGUCAGCUCGCACGAGGCCAACGACCCACAGCUCUUCAAGUGCCUGCAGUGCAGCUACCGCUCCCGCCGUUGGUCCUCCCUGAAGGAGCACAUGUUCAAUCACGUGGGCAGCAAGCCGUACAAGUGCGAGGAGUGUAACUACACAAGCGUGUACAAGAAGGACGUCAUUCGCCACUCCACUGUGCACAACCGGGACCGGAAGAAGAGGGCUGACCCGCCCCCGAAGCGGAGCUCCUUCCCCUGCCCCGUGUGUAACCGGGUCUACCCCAUGCAGAAGAGGCUGACCCAGCACAUGAAGACGCACAGCACUGAAAAGCCGCACAUGUGCGACAAGUGCGGGAAGUCCUUCAAGAAGCGUUACACCUUCAAGAUGCACCUGCUGACGCACAUCCAGGCCAUCGCGAACCGCAGGUUCAAGUGCGAAUUCUGUGACUACGUGUGCGAGGACAAGAAGAUCUUGCUGAACCACCAGUUGUCGCAUGUCAACGACCGGCCCUACAAGUGCAGCUUCUGCCCCUAUGCCACCUUCCGCGAGGACUUCCUCCUCUCCCACCAGGCUGUCAAACACACCGGGGGGAAGCCCUUUGGCUGUGAGUACUGCCACUUCACCACCAAGCACAAGAAGAACCUGCGCCUGCACGUGCAGUGCCGCCAUGCCGACUGCUUUGAGGAGUGGGCCCAGCGGCACCCUGAGGAGCCACCCUGCCGGCGCCGCCCCUUCUUCACCUUGCAGCAGAUCGAGGAGCUCAAGCAGCAGCACAGCCAGGGCCAGACAGCCUGCGAGCUGGUGGCCAGCCCCCAGGUCCCUCUUGGCCCUGUGACAUACCACACAGUCCAGACCCUGCCAGCAGUCGAGCCCCCAGUUCUCACCCCAGACUCUCUGGGAGGGGCCACCAUCAUCUACGAGCAAGGUGCGGAGGAGUCAGCAGAGCUGGCUACACAGACAGCGCUGGGCCUCCCGCUGAACAUGAGCACCCAGCGGGAGCUGGCUGCGGGCACGCUGCAGGUGGCACUGGUGAAGUCAGACGGCUCAGGAGAUGCGCAGGCCCCUGAUGCCCAGCUCCCGGCUGGGGAGGCAGCAGAGCUGGACGCAGCUCAGCAGCAGCAGCAGAAGGUGGUGACGCUGCACGUGGCUGAGCAUGGGGAGGCACUGGUGCAGGAGGCCUAUGAGGAGGCCACGCUGGGCGGCCCCGAGCUGCAGCAGAUUGCCAUCCCCUUCGAGAGCACGGCUGAGUACAGCAUCAUUGCACCUGUUGGGGAGGAGAUCCAGGCCACAGGUGCACUCUACAGCGAGGAGGACAGCCUGACAGAGACCUCGCACACGGUAGUGGUGAGCGAGGCCGUGGUGACAGAGGCGCUCAAGGACCAUGGUGGCCACUACAUCAUGUCGUCCAGCCUCCCUGGGAGCCAGCUGCACCACAUCGAGCAGCUCGGCGGGGAUACUGCCUUGGCCUCGCCGGGGGAAGGCCCAGAGGCCCAGCCCUGCAGCAUCAAGUGGCCAGCAGUGCAGUGUGUGGCCAGGCCACUCCAGAAGGACUCCGCCCCAGACGGGCAGGAGGCUGUGUCACCCAGGGUCCGGUGGCCCGCUCUGCAGGGUGUGGCCAAGAAGCUGUCCUGCAAGAUUGCUGCAGCCAAGAAGCUGUCAUGCAAGAUUUCCACCGCCAAGAAGUUCUCGUGCAAGAUUUGCACGGCCAUGUUCACGGGGCGGGCGGAGAUGGAGAGUCACAAGAGGGCCCAUGUGGGGCCUGACGCCUUCAAGUGUCCUGACUGCCCCUUCACGGCAGCCUUGUGGCCGGAGGUCCGGAGCCACAUGGCACAGCAUGCAAACCUCCGGCCACACAAGUGCCCCCACUGCAGCUUUGCCUCCAAGAACAAGAAGGACCUGCGCCGGCACAUGCUGACGCACACCAACGAGAAGCCCUUCGCCUGCCAGGUCUGCGGGCAGAGGUUUAAUCGCAAUGGGCACCUGAAAUUCCAUAUGCAGCGACUGCACAGCUCGGAUGGAAAGCGGUCAGGGCCGCCAGAGCCCACAGCCCAACAGACUAUCAUCCUGAACAGCGACGAGGAUGCCCUGGCCACGCUGCAGACAGCGCUGCAGUCUGGCCAGGCCGUGCUGGCUCCUGAGCGGUUGCAGCAGGCCCUGGGGCAGGAGCACAUCAUCGUAGCACAGGAGCAGAGCAUCACGAGCCAGGAGGAGGCCACCUACAUCCAGGAGAUCACGACGGCCGAUGGGCAGACUGUGCAGCACUUGGUGACCGCCGACAACCAGGUCCAGUACAUCAUUGCCCAGGACGGCGUGCCGCACCUGCUCCCCCAUGAGUACGUCGUCGUUCCGGAGGGGCAUCACAUCCAGGUCCAGGACGGGCAGAUCACCCACAUCCAGUAUGAGCAGGGCAGCCAGUUCCUGCAGGAGUCCCAGAUCCAGUACAUGCCUGUUUCCCCGGAGCAGCAGCUCGUGACCCAGGCCCAGCUGGAGGCAGCGGCACACUCGGCAGUCACAGCCGUGGCCGACGCCGCCAUGGCGCAGGCCCAGGGCAUGUUCACCACAGAGGCGACGGCUGAACAGAUCCAGCAGCUGCACCAGGGCAUCCACUACGACGUCAUCACGCUGUCAGACUAGUGCUGGGGCCCCAGCCGAGGAGCGGCACCAUGCCAGGCCUCCAGGGCCCGCAGCUGCCUUACCACUUUGGGGCCACGAGGGAUGGGGGGGCCCCCGCGGGCUGUGGUUUGCCGUCAGCCAGCCGCC